AUGGGUUUUAGUGUACGUAAAGACUACCUGAAUAAAGACAAAGACGGCAUGACCACGUCUAAGAGAUAUAGUUGCUGCAAGGAAGGUGUGAAGCGCAAGUAUGAAGGUGAUGUGAUGCCAAAGAGGACACGAGCGCCGACGAAAACAGGGUGUGGUGCUAAAAUGGUUAUCGUGUUGCUUAGAGGGACAAUGAAGUACCGUGUGCAUGACCUUGCCUUAGAGCAUAACCAUGAGUUGCACAUUGCUCAAUGUUCGCACAUGAUGCCAUCACAAAUAAAAGUGAGCGAGGCUCAAGGAUUUCAAGCUGAAAUAAGCGAGGAUGCUGGGCUUUCAUUGAAACAGAGCCAUGAGCUUAUGGGAAAGGAGGCAGGUGGGAUGGAAAAUGUGGGAUAUACUCGGGAAGACCUGAAACGAUAUCUUCGUACUCGACGGGAAAGGAAUUUGAAAUAUGGAGAAGAAGGCAAAAUUAUGAUAUUCGGUGCUGCCCUUAUGUAUGAUGAGACUAUAGAUUCUUUCAAAUGGGUGUUUGGUACAUUUCUAGAAGCAAUGUGCGGAAAGCGUCCAAGUACCAUACUAACUGACCAAGAUCACGACAUGGCAGUCACUCUUUCAGUUGUAUUGCCUGAAACAUUUCAUGGUCUAUGUACGUUUCACAUAACGCAUAAUUUUAUGAAGCAUCUUGGCAAUCACUACAAGGAAAAUAGUGACCUUCCAUAUAUGUUUGGUGCUUGCUUGUAUGCGAUUGAAAAAGUGGAACAAUUUAACAGGUUGUGGGAGGCGAUGGUGAAGAAGUACAAUCUUGAAAAUAAUGAAUGGCUUUCCGGGCUAUAUCGAAUUCGUGAUAAAUAG